AUGGGUCCACCAUUGCCCGAACGACCCGAGCGGCCCGCCCUUGAGGCCAAGAAGGAUGCAGAGGCGUCAGACGUCUUGCGACGGAGCCGCAGCUCGGAGAAGCUGUCUCGUAUCGAGAAGUCCAAGAACGUGAUCCAGUCGUCCGUCCAUGCGCUGCUGGAUAUUUUUGUGUAUACGCCCUUGUCGUAUGUGUACGGCUUAAUUCUCGCGCUCUUCUUCUCACGAACAUCCCACCGUAUAUUGAUCCGUGGGAUGAUACUGAUGUCUCUCUACCUCAUGUCGAUUGGCCUGGCGUUAAUAGCCUUCGGUGGGUUCUACCAUGCAUGGAUCCCCAAUGUAUCGCUCACUAAAGAUGUAUGGCUCCGGUCUACAGGCUCUUCUCAUGUAGGACGUGUAUUCCUGGACGGUAGCGGGAAAGACUGGCCCGUGUGGCGUCGUGAGCCGCCUGUUGACUUUUUCGCUGUUGACCAGGCGUAUGAUGUGACACUCGAGCUUCGCAUCCCAGUGAAUCGACACAAUCUGGAACUGGACAACUUUAUGGCAGACGUAUACCUGGAGACCACGGAGGGUACUGUUUUGUACGAGUCACAUCGUCCUUUGUUGCUGAUGCCUGAGCCGUCGUCUGUUCGCUGGCUUAUGCGGCUACUGCGGACACUGGAGCCGAGUGGACGUCAUGAGCCCAUUGCCCCAUCGCAAGUGGUGCAUGUGCCUCUCUUUACGGAAAUUGUGCCUCGUGCUUCCAUGCCGUACGAUGCGCCUAUGCCCUUCGCGAAGGAUGGGUACACAGCGACCUUUGCGAAUGUGACACUCACAGCGAACGCUCAUGUCCAAGCAGCGCGUCUACAGUUCCAUGCGCGUUUGUCCGGUAUCCCAUCUCUCAUGUACUACCAUCCGGUCCUCUCGUUGGGCGUUUUUGUGUGCCUCUUCUCUGCGGUGGAGUUCAGUGUGGCAGGCAGCAUGUGGUUGGCCACGUCUAUUUAUUACUCCACCCGUACGUAA